GUUGCUGUUGAGUGGCUUCGAAAGUCGGACGUGGCGAAAGUUCUGCUGAAUUGAUUUGAUAACAGCAUAGAACAACCAGCAACAGGCAACUGGCAACCAACAACCAGCAACAAACAUCGGCAAUCGACGGCCGGGCAGACAAAAAAUUACCCGCUCCUCCAAAAAAAAGCAUUGCCACGCCCCAAGGAGCGCUUCAAGAGGCGCACCGGCCCCACCAUUCCCAUGCCAGCCCGCAAGGGGCUGCUAGCGCCCCAGAACACAUUCCUGGACACAAUCGCCACUCGGUUCGAUGGCACCCACUCGAACUUUGUGCUCGGCAAUGCGCAGGCAAAUGGCAAUCCAAUUGUUUAUUGCUCGGAUGGGUUCGUGGAUUUGACAGGAUAUUCACGCGCGCAAAUUAUGCAAAAGGGCUGCUCAUGUCAUUUCCUUUACGGACCGGAUACGAAGGAGGAGCACAAGCAGCAAAUCGAGAAAAGCCUCUCCAAUAAGAUGGAACUGAAGCUGGAGGUUAUUUUCUACAAGAAGGAAGGUGCCCCGUUUUGGUGCUUGUUCGACAUCGUGCCCAUCAAGAACGAGAAGCGGGAUGUGGUGCUCUUUUUGGCCUCCCACAAGGACAUCACGCACACCAAAAUGCUGGAGAUGAAUGUGAACGAGGAAUGUGAUAGCGUUUUUGCCCUUACAGCUGCCCUUCUGGGGGCGCGGUUCCGGGCUGGCUCGAAUGCCGGAAUGCUGGGCCUGGGCGGACUGCCAGGCCUGGGCGGACCGGCGGCCAGCGAGGGCGACGCGGAAGCGGGGGAGGGCAACAACCUGGACGUCCCCGCCGGCUGCAACAUGGGCCGCCGGCGCAGUCGAGCGGUCCUCUACCAGCUCUCCGGCCACUACAAGCCGGAAAAGGGUGGCGUCAAAACCAAGUUGAAGCUGGGAAAUAAUUUUAUGCAUUCAACGGAGGCGCCGUUUCCGGAGUACAAAACACAGUCGAUAAAAAAGUCACGCUUGAUUCUGCCCCAUUACGGGGUGUUCAAGGGCAUCUGGGACUGGGUGAUUCUGGUGGCCACCUUCUACGUGGCCCUAAUGGUGCCCUACAACGCCGCGUUCGCCAAGGCGGAUCGCCAGACAAUGGUGUCGGAUGUGAUUGUGGAGGCGCUCUUCAUUGUGGAUAUUCUGCUCAACUUCCGCACCACCUUUGUGUCGCGGAAGGGCGAGGUCGUCUCCAAUUCGAAGCAGAUUGCCAUCAAUUACUUCCGAGGAUGGUUCGCCCUGGACCUUCUGGCCGCCCUGCCCUUUGAUCACCUGUACGCCUCCGACUUGUACGACGGCGAGGAAUCACACAUCCAUCUUGUGAAAUUGACGCGUCUGCUGCGGCUCGCUCGCCUGUUGCAAAAAAUUGAUCGAUACUCGCAGCACACGGCCAUGAUUCUGACGCUCCUGAUGUUCUCCUUCACGCUGGCCGCCCAUUGGCUGGCCUGCAUCUGGUAUGUGAUAGCGGUCAAGGAGUACGAGUGGUUCCCCGAGAGCAACAUCGGUUGGUUGCAGCUUCUGGCGGAGAGGAAAAACGCUUCGGUGGCCAUUUUGACCACGGCGGAAACGUAUUCCACGGCCCUCUACUUCACCUUCACCAGUCUCACUUCCGUGGGAUUUGGCAACGUUUCGGCGAAUACCACGGCCGAAAAGGUCUUCACCAUCAUCAUGAUGCUCAUUGGCGCUCUUAUGCACGCCGUGGUCUUCGGUAACGUGACUGCCAUCAUCCAGAGGAUGUAUUCGCGUCGCUCGCUUUACGAGAGCAAAUGGCGCGAUCUAAAGGACUUCGUGGCCCUGCACAAUAUGCCCAAGGAGCUGAAGCAGCGCAUCGAGGACUACUUCCAGACGUCCUGGUCACUCAGCCAUGGCAUCGACAUAUACGAGACGCUACGCGAAUUUCCCGAGGAGCUGCGUGGCGACGUUUCCAUGCAUCUACAUCGUGAAAUAUUACAGCUGCCGAUAUUUGAAGCGGCCUCCCAGGGCUGCCUGAAACUUUUGUCCCUGCACAUAAAGACCAACUUCUGUGCACCCGGGGAGUAUCUGAUCCACAAAGGCGACGCCCUCAACUACAUUUACUAUCUGUGCAACGGAUCCAUGGAGGUGAUCAAGGACGACAUGGUGGUCGCCAUUUUGGGUAAGGGCGACCUCGUGGGCUCCGACAUCAACGUGCACCUGGUGGCCACCAGCAACGGCCAGAUGACCGCCACCACCAACAGUGCUGGCCAGGAUGUUGUCGUCCGCAGCAGCAGCGACAUUAAGGCGCUCACCUACUGCGAUCUCAAGUGCAUCCACAUGGGCGGCCUGGUGGAGGUGCUGCGUCUCUAUCCGGAGUACCAGCAGCAGUUUGCCAACGACAUCCAGCACGAUCUCACCUGCAACCUGAGGGAGGGCUACGAGAACCAGGACUCGGACAUCGGACCCUCCUUCCCCCUGCCCAGCAUCAGCGAGGACGAUGAAAACCGCGAGGAGGCCGAGGAAAAGGCGGAGAAGGAAAACGGCGGAGGACCACCGAGUGGCGCCUCCCCACUGCACAACCUGAGUAUCCCCCUGCACGCGGCACGUUCUCCGCUCUUGGGGAUGGGAAGUCCGAGGAACCAGCGGUUGCACCAGCGAGGAAGAUCCCUGAUCACCCUGAGGGAAACCAACAAGCGGCACAGGACUCCUCUGAAUGCUGCCUGCAGCCUGGAUCGCGGAUCCUUCGAGGAACCGGAGCCCCUGGAGGAGGAGCAGCAGUCGGCGGGCAAGAGGCCCUCGCUGGAGCGACUAGACUCCCAGGUCUCCACUCUGCACCAGGAUGUGGCCCAGCUGAGCGCCGAGGUGCGCAACGCCAUCAGCGCUCUCCAGGAGAUGACCUUCACCUCGAAUGCGAUGGCUUCCCACACUUCCCUGAAGUUUCCCCCGGCGAGAUCCAUUCCCAACAUCAGUGGAGUGGCAGCCACGAGGGCGGGGGAUUCAGUGGAUCACGGGAUCAUGGGCGGAGUUCUGGGGGCAGCCGAGAUGGCGGCCAUUCAACGCUGCUCCUCGCAUCCUCCGGAGGUUUGGGGCAGGGAUGUCCAGCUGCCCACGAGCAAUGCGGCCAGCUCGAAGGCGGCUUCCCCCGUGGAGCCCAAGAAGAGCACGACCAGCAGGAGCUGUCAGACGGACUUCUACCGCAUCGACUUCCCCACCUUUGAACGCUUCGUCCUGGCCAAUCCCCGCCUGGUUCUGGGACUCCUGGGCAUCGAGCCGGCCAUCAAGAACGAAAUGGAUCUACUGCAGCAGAAGCAGACCCUGCAGAUCUCCCCCUUGAACACGAUAGACGAGUGCGUCUCCCCGGCGGAUCCCAACCUGGCCAGCUCCAAGGAGCGCCUGAUCACCUCCUCGGCGGCCCAAACUCCUGGUCGCAUUUACCCGCCGCUCGACGACGAGAACUCCAACGACUUCCGCUGGACGAUGAAGCACUCCGCCAGUCACCACAGCUGCUGCAAGAGUACGGAUGCCCUGUUGAGUCCCGAGGAGCAUCCACAGGCAUCCAUGCUCCCGGCGGAGGUGGCACCUGCUGCUCAGGAAGCGAGAUCCUCGAAGCGGAGCAUCCGCAAGAGCACGAGUGGCAGCAACUCCAGCCUGUCGAGCAGCAGCUCCAGCUCGAACAACUGCUUGGUGUCGCAGAGCACCGGGAACCUGACCACCACCAACGCCUCGGUGCACUGCAGCAGCAGCAGCCAGAGCGUGGCCAGUGUGGCCACGACGCGGCGGGCCUCCUGGAAGCUGCAGCACUCGCGGAGCGGCGAGUACCGCAGGCUCUCCGAGGCCACCGCCGAGUACUCGCCCCCGGCGAAGACGCCGCUCCCUGUGGCAGGAGUCACCUACGGCGGCGACGAGGAGGAGAGCGUGGAGCUGCUGGGACCGCGGAGGAACUCGAGGCCCGUCCUGCUGGGGGUGAACCCGAUCCAGGGUCAGGGACAGGCCAUGAAUUUCCGCUUCUCGGCCGGGGACGCCGACAAGCUGGAGAAGGGGAUGCGCGGACUGCCCUCCACCCGCUCCCUCCGCGAUCCGAGUGGCAAGUAGGGAGCCCGGGAGUCGCUUACAUGCUAACCGCCGUGCGUGAUUUAUGUCCUAAUUAAUACUGAAACACAAAGACGCUUGUACAUUUAAUAUCUCUAAGAUACACACACACACACACACACGCACACGUGAGUUUGGUUGUUCAUCUGUUGCCCCGUAGAUUAAUCGAAGACACCCACACAUAUUGAAGAGCAUAUCAGAGCAGUCGCAGAAAUCAAACGAGCCGAGGAGUAUUUCUGUACGGCUCAGCUGCUGUAGUGAGAUAAAUGUAUAUUUUCCUAACAAAUCAGCAAGGAUGUACCCACUCAGAAUACACAAAACAUAUGUCAGCGGAAGUACAAAGCUCGGAUGCCUCCGAUAAAAGAUACAGAAGAGUAUCUUGCCUGGCAACGGAGUAACAAAAUAUCAUUGACACUUAACAAAUUGGUGAAACGUUAAUUAAGUUGAAUCAGCCUGAGGUUCUGUGGGAUAAUAGUGCGGAAUGGGGCAAGGUCUUCAGUUCUGGGUAGUCAGAAGCCUUUAUCGAGAUUUAAAAGCAGGAAGGAACAGAGAGUUAGUUAAGAUCUGGAUUUUAAGCAUAGUUAGGCAAGCUCAAUGACAGGAUCGGGGAUUCAACAGAUUUGUAGACAUUUAAGCUGUACAUUCACUCUAGUCACUGGGAUGUGAGGUAUCCUAGAUUAUUACCUAAGAUAAUCGACAAUCGUGUGCUACAUAUAUCGAAUGGACGGGGUUCCACUUCAAAAGUGAGCCCUCGAGCAUUUGGAUAAAGUAAUUUGUGAUUCCAAGCGAGGGAAAAGAGGCAGUUGCCUUCUCAGUUCUCUGUCUUGAUUCCGUGUUGGUUAGUUGUCUAAAAAAUAAUCAACUGUAAGCUGUGUAAAUUUCCGACAUCCCCAUAUAUCCUGAGUGUAUAUAGAAUAUGUGGUAUGUGUAUAUUUGCUCCCCAAAAACUAUAAAGACUUGAGCUUCAUUCUAUCUUUGAUGUAAGCAUCCUAUGAAAUAAGUGCAUAGGUUUUAUAUGUGUUUAGACGGAUACAUGUUUUAGCCAUAACGUAAGCGGAAUUAUCCAAUUGGGAACCUAAUAAACGUUUUUAAAUGUUUUAACUUAAUGUUACCGAGACUAUAUAUACCUGUAUGUAUUAUAUGUGUAGUUAUACAUCUUAAGCAUAAAAGGAUAUCCGAUAUUUCAAUAAACAAUAAACUUGAUGUGACAAAUUAA